AGUACAGAUUGACCCUAGCCCGCAGGUCGAAGGAGGUCGAAGGACUCGGUCGCUCGGACCACGAAGAUAGAGGAUCAGCUAGGAAGUCGCGGUGCUGAAGAGGUGGAAAAAGGUGAACACGUCGCGCCGGGUCCUCUUUUCUUGAAGAAGAUCGUCGAAAGUGUAACAGUGAGUUUCUCACAGCGUGUCUGCCCGGACGUCGGGAAUCCGACGAGAUAUCUCGCAGGUGGCAUUCCUGUUCGAGCGGUUCGGAGCGAUCUCGGAGAGACUCGGGGUCACCGGGGUUCAGCAGAACAGUGAAUCGGAGGUCGUGGAACCUGCGGAGCACGCGGUGGUAGGAGUAAUAAUAAAGGGAGCCAUUCAACGAGCCACGCUCGAUAGGACCUGCCAGUGUUCGGUUAUCCUCUCGCGGGUCCGCAGGACACUCCGGCUCCGGCGAACGAGACUCGCCUAAUCGUAGCCGCUGAUACGAACAUAACGCGGCCUGAUAACAACGAUAACUCCGAUUAAAAACUGCCAAUGAUCGCUGAAUGCCGAAGUGCUCGAUAUUCGCGUUAUUUACCUGAUUUCGUAGGUUUUUCUCGGCUUUUCGAACCUUCGUUUCCCGGCUCGGAACCUUCCAAAUCCAUCUAAAACGAUGAUAAUUGUGCAGCUUUUUUGAAUACAAUUUAGAAGUCGUCUUCAUACUUGAACGGACGAGUCCCGAAUAUUGUUCCAACAGAGUCAGCAGUCCCAGGGAUUCGUCGGUGACGAUUUGAACGGUAAAAAGAAGCUCGAAAGUGUUGAAACAGUUCAGCCGAAAGCUCGGUAGUGUUCGAAUAUGCUGCUGUAACGCGAAAGCCUGCUGAUGCGCGUCGAACGAUGAGCUUUCCUGCGAUUCCGGACGAUCCUAUGAAACCGGGGCUGUCGGUUAAUGUUACGCGGGACGAAUUAGGAACGGCUCGCAGCUGAUAUGACAUGAGACCGUAUCAAUCGAUGAAGCGUAAAAGGAUCAACGUCGCGCUGAUUCUUCAUGGGCCUGGAAUGUUGCAGCCGAUGGUUCAGUGGAGGGCUUUUUUCAUCUUGUCGUUCGUGAUACUCGUGUCGUCGCCUUUCAGCGACAGUCGCGCCAGGAAUCCGCCGAACAUCCAAAAGAUCGGGAGCAGCAGAACGCUGAGAUCGAACAAAGACGAGCUGUCCGCUAAUUACAUAGACGACGGAUGGCACAAUGGGAAUCUUUACGAGGACCAACUUGAAGAAUCAUGGGGCUCGAUGCCCGUGCAGCAACAACAGACAAAUAUUUAUACGCAGGAGCUGCCGUUUGCCAAUUUCACCCACAACGAUACGGGGGAUUACCAGUUAGUGAUACACAACGAAGAGACGCUGUCCCAUAAAAGGAUCAAAAGGGGAGUAAUACAUCUUUACAAUAUGCUGGUUUGUGCUACCGGAUGCAAUCCUUUAUCUUAUAAAGGAUAUGGGUGUUAUUGCGGCUUUCUGGGUGCAGGAUAUGUUAUAGACGGCAUAGACAGGUGUUGUAAAAUGCAUGACUGGUGCUACGAUGCUACGGAUUGUCCGAUGUUUUCAGAGUACUUUGUACCAUAUUAUUGGAGAUGUUAUCAUGGCUACAAGCCGGUCUGCGCCGUUGAGCAUGGAAACUGGGGAGGAUCUGGGUCGUGUUCUCAACGGUUAUGCGAGUGCGAUCGUUCGUUCGCAGAGUGUCUGAGACGUUACCCUUGCCCAACGACCAAAGCCGUAUGCACCUCGUCACCAUGGAGAUUGGUUCAGAAUCUGUUCAUGACCAUGUGAUUAUCAACAGGAUUACAAUGAAUAUAAACACUAACAUGGAAAAUUAAUUUAUAAAUUGCGUUAAUAUACCAAAGAUAACACGAUCCUUUUGUACAUGUUGCAAGUGAAGGUACAAGAUUUAUUUAUAAAUGAAAUAUAUAUAAGUAUAAUGAUUUAUUAGAAUUUACUUCGAAGUAUAAAACUUUGUGUAAUAAAGCAUACACAAAAAUAAUACUCUAUUAACAACAUUCGCUUUGUAAUAUGAAUUACUUUACAGUGUUAAUUACCCCGGUUAAUUGUACAUCUCGGUUUUUGUACUUCUUUGAAAUAUCUUGUUCUAUCUGUAAAUAAAUGAGGAAAAAAAUUA